AUGUUUGGGAUUCAGGAAACUAUACCGCGGGGUGGGACGACGAUGAAGGAGGAACCGCUGGGUGGACUGAACUCGGUCCGCUCCUGGAUGCACACAGCUGGGGUGGUGGAUGCAAACACAGCCGCCCAAAGCGGUGUCGGCUUGGCACGGGCACAUUAUGAAAAGCAGCCCCCUUCCAACCUCAGAAAAUCCAAUUUUUUCCAUUUCGUCCUGGCGCUGUAUGACAGACAGGGUCAGCCCGUGGAGAUCGAAAGGACAGCUUUUGUGGACUUUGUGGAGAAAGAAAAAGAACCAACCAGUGAAAAAACUAACAAUGGGAUACAUUACAAACUACAGUUAUUGUACAGCAAUGGUGUCAGAACAGAACAGGAUCUUUACAUACGGUUAAUCGAUUCCAUGACGAAGCAGGCCAUAAUUUAUGAGGGCCAAGACAAGAAUCCAGAAAUGUGCAGAGUUCUUCUUACUCAUGAAAUUAUGUGCAGCCGAUGCUGUGACAAGAAAAGCUGUGGAAACAGGAACGAGACUCCAUCAGACCCAGUGAUCAUUGACAGAUUCUUCCUAAAGUUCUUUCUCAAGUGCAAUCAGAACUGUCUGAAGAAUGCAGGGAAUCCACGAGACAUGCGCAGAUUCCAGGUUGUCGUAUCGACGACCGUCAAUGUGGACGGUCAUGUCCUGGCUGUCUCUGACAACAUGUUUGUACACAACAAUUCCAAACAUGGGCGAAGGGCUCGCAGACUCGACCCUUCAGAAGGUACGCCUCCUUAUCUGGAGAAUGGAGAGACCACCCCGUGCAUUAAGGCUAUCAGUCCCAGUGAGGGAUGGACUACUGGAGGAGCCACUGUCAUCAUCAUAGGGGACAACUUCUUUGAUGGCCUACAAGUCGUGUUCGGCACCAUGCUCGUAUGGAGUGAGCUGAUAACUCCCCACGCCAUCCGCGUCCAGACUCCACCUCGGCACAUCCCCGGUGUUGUGGAAGUCACGCUGUCCUACAAGUCCAAGCAGUUCUGCAAAGGUGCCCCUGGGAGAUUUGUCUAUACUGCCCUGAAUGAGCCUACCAUCGACUAUGGUUUCCAGAGGCUGCAGAAGGUCAUCCCCAGACACCCCGGCGAUCCUGAGAGGUUACCAAAGGAGGUGUUACUGAAGAGGGCAGCUGAUCUCGUUGAAGCCCUGUAUGGAAUGCCCCACAACAACCAGGAGAUCAUUUUGAAGAGGGCAGCUGACAUUGCCGAGGCCCUGUACAGCGUUCCCCGCAACCACAACCAGAUCCCCUCUCUCGCUAACACAGCCUCCCACGGCAUGAUGGGAGUCAACUCCUUCAGCAGCCAGCUAGCAGUCAAUGUGUCUGAGUCACAAGGGAAUGACCAAGUGGGCUACAGCCGGAACACCAGCAGCGUGUCCCCCCGGGGCUACAUCUCCAGCAGCACCCCGCAGCAGUCGAGCUACAACACCGUCAGCAACAGCAUGAAUGGCUACGGCAAUGCCGGUAUGAACCUGGGAGUGCCAAGUUCCCCUGGGUUCCUCAACGGAUCCUCUGCCAACUCUCCAUAUGGAAGUGACCUUACCUUAACUGCCCUCUCCCUCUCUAGCACUACUCACAGCACGUUCUCACUCUCACCCUCCCUCCCUCCUUUCCUUUCCUUCCCUAUCGUCUCCGCAGUUAAACAAAAGAGCGCCUUCGCCCCUGUGGUCCGACCCCAGGCCUCCCCACCCCCCUCCUGCACCAGCGCCAACGGCAACGGACUGCAAGCCAUGUCCGGCCUGGUUGUCCCUCCAAUGUAA